UUUUGAUCUCGAGACGAGGCCAAGCAUGCGUCGAGGGGUUCGUACGCUGAGUCGUCCUCCGAGUCGGACCGGAAAACCCCUUCUCCCUUCGAACCCUCGAAACCUCGGCGCAACUCGACCAUGCUCGGGAGGUCGCUCACCUUAGCCCGCCGCCGCGCACCCCGUCUCCCUAUCCCCUCCUCCUCGCCUCGCUCUCUCUCCGGCUCCCUCGACCCCGAUCUUGGACUCCCCGAUGAGGUCGCCGACGCCCCAGCAAAGCCGACACCACCGCCGAUCGAGCCCUCGGCCGAGGCCGAUGCCCUUGCCCGCCUCCUCCUUCAGCACCACAACCCCUUCCACGCCAUGGAGUCCCCACUCCAGCUCGCCGGUGUGGGCCUCUCCGAUUCCCUCGUCCUACAGACCCUCCUCCGCCUCCGCCACGCCUCCAAGGUCGCCCUCGGCUUCUUCGUCUGGGCUCGCGACCACGCCCACCACCAGCACGCCUCCGAUGCCUAUGGCCUCAUGGUCGAUAUCCUCGGCAAGGUCCGGCAGUUCGAUGUCGCGUGGCAGAUGAUCAUUGAGAUGGACCAGCGCGGCGUCGGGCCGACCCCGAGGACGUUCGCUGUGCUCGUGCGGCGGUUCGUGGCUGCCGGGAUGGCGCAACAGGCCAUCAGAACCUUCGACGACAUGGAGGCGUUUGUGGGGAGGGAACCCAACGGGGAGGAGUUCAAGAUGCUCCUCGACACCCUCUGCAAGUAUGGCUACCCUAAGGAUGCAACAGAGUUAUUCAAUAAGAGGAAAUUUAAGUAUGAACCUGAUGAAAAGACAUAUGCAAUAUUGAUUUAUGGAUGGUGUAAGGUAAACCGACAUGAAAUGGCACAACGGUUUCUAAACGAGAUGGUUGAUCGUGGGUUAGAACCAAAUGUGGUUACGUAUAAUAUUUUGUUGAAUGGGAUCUGUAGGAGGGCAAGCUUACACCCAGACAAUAGGUUUGAUAGAACAAUCCAAGCUGCCGAGGAUCUUUUGAAUCAGAUGCGCAAUAAAGGCAUUGAACCUGAUACGAUAAGCUAUUCUAUCAUCCUUCAUGUUUACAGUCGAGCUCAUAAACCAGAACUAUCUCUUUAUAUGUUUCGCUCAAUGAAAGAGAAGGGAAUUUGCCCAACAGUGGCAACAUACACAUCACUUGUCAAGUGUCUUGCAUCAUGUGGAAGAUUGGAAGAAGCCGAAGAAUUGCUUAGUGAGAUGGUGCGUGAUGGAGUGUGCCCGACUCCAGCUACAUAUAACUGUUUCUUCAAGGAGUAUCGUGGAAGGAAAGACGUGGUUGGUGCUACAAAAUUGUACAAGAAAAUGAAAGAAAUGGGCUUAACAAGUGGGCCAGAUAUUCAUACAUAUAACAUAUUACUUGGAAUGUUUUCAAAAUUAAAUCGCAUGGAGAUUAUCUGGGAAAUAUGGAAUGAUAUGGUUACUAGCGGUACUGGCCCAGAUUUGGAUUCUUACACCUUGUUAAUUCAUGGGCUUUGUGAUAAGAAAAAGUGGAGGGAAGCUUGCCAGUAUUUUAUGGAGAUGAUAGAGAAGGGGUAUCUUCCACAAAAGGUCACAUUUGAGACACUGUACCGGGGAUUGAUACAGUCAGAUAUGUUGAGGACUUGGAGGAGACUAAAGAACAAGGUUGAAGAAGAAUCUCUAAAAUUUGGUGCUGAAUUCCAACAUUAUCACUUCAAACCUUACAAGAGAUAGAUCAUAAUAUAAGUCUUACAAUGAUUCCCUCAGGGAAAUAUGCCUAUGUAGAUUGCAAUAGAUCGGUAAGUUAGUAUGUGGCUGAAUCAUCUUGCUGACAAUCUUCUUGAAGCACAUGAUGUACCAUAAUGGUAAUUAUAGGAUUUGCUUGUCAGAGAGAGAGAGAGAGAGAGAGAGAGAGAGAGUAUUUACUGGAAUUAUAUCAUUGAUAAAAUUUACUGGUGUUAUGAAUGAUUGAUCUGUCCAAAAACUUUGUGUUUCGAUUUAUUUAAUAUAAGUGCAAAAUAAACUGAA